UUUCUACUUCAGCAUAGACUCUGUAGCAUCUGUGCCAUCGCCGUCAUGCAUGUAGACCAGCAUCAUCAGAUCACCGCUACGAUGACGUACAACAGUACAGAAUCCUGGCUCUUUAUGAAUACUUCAUUCCCUAUCCUGCCUGUAACAUCCACCCCGGCUAACAGAAGCAAGGAAGCAUAUCUUCAAAGACUCGCACAUUUAGAUGAGGGACUCUACAAUGACUUCUAUGGCCUCUGGAUCACACUGAUGGUCGUAAACUCUCUAAUAUUCUUGGUGGGUAUGGUGCUCAACACUGUCGCACUUUAUGUUUUUUGUUACCGCACCAAGCAAAAGACCACCUCAGUGAUCUACACCAUCAACCUGGCGGUGACUGACCUUUUGGUCAAUCUCUCUCUGCCCACUCGAAUACUGCUCUACUACAGUGGAGGAGCUUGUCUCACAUGCUCCUACAUGCACAUCUUCAGCUACUUUGUCAACAUGUACUGUAGCAUCUUAUUUCUAACCUGCAUAUGUGUUGACCGGUACCUCGCUAUUGUGCAGGUUGAAGCUUCACGUCGAUGGAGGAACUCCAGCGUUGCCAAGUGUGUGUGCAUUUUCGUUUGGUUGUUUGCCAUCGUGGUCACCUACUCCUUUCUCUCCUCUGCUUUCCAACAUACAGGCUGCUGCCUCUCAAAGCUCCUCUUUCUCACAAUCACUGAAUUCUUCUUACCCCUUGUCAUCAUUGUGGUCUUUACGUUGCGCAUUAUGUGGGCCCUUGCUGACCGUCGCCUGAUGCAGCAGAGCAGAGAGAGGAGACGGAGGGCUGUUCAGCUUCUAACCACUGUACUGAUCAUCUUCACCAUCUGUUUCACACCGUUUCACAUCCGGCAGGUGUUGGUAUACUUCUACCCUGACAUGCCCCAUCAUGUGAUUGUAUACCAUUUAACAGUCACUCUAAGCAGUUUGAACAGCUGCAUGGAUCCUGUGGUCUACUGCUUUGUAACAAAUAAUUUCCAGGCCACUGUGAGGCAUCUUUUCCGCCGUGCAGAGCUGGAGCAGACCAGUGGGGACAUUGUCAGUAUGCAGCACAGCUCCAAGGCCUCAGGAGGGACGGCAAAUGCUACCACUAAAAAUGUGAUCAUGAUGACCACGAUCCCCAGUGCUCUGCAGAGAGACAGCCUAAGGAAGAAUCACACAGUUUAA